UCCACUCUCUCUCCUCUCCUCUCCCCUGACCGGAUCUCCCCCGCGCCUUCUCCACUCUCCCAGGGCUCCCGCGACGGGCGGGUCGUUGGAAUUGGUGCCGGGAUCGAGUAUUCUUGGAUUGUUUGGACCGGGGGGAAUGGCGGCGGCGACUGUGGCAGAGGAGGUGGUGCGGCGGAAUAACGGGAGGGUAGGGGACGACGACGUGGUCGCGCGCAGGGCAGAGGAGGCCGCAAUAAGAAGGCAUGAUGCAGCCAGUUGGUUGCGAAAAACAGUUGGGGUAGUCUGCGCAAGGGAGUUGCCAGAAGAGCCCUCUGAGGAGGAACUCCAGCUUGGACUGAGAAAUGGUAUCAUUCUUUGCAAUGCACUGAACAAAGUCCAGCCAGGCGCCAUACCUAAGGUUGUGGGAGUCCUGUCAGAUUCUGUUAUCCCUGCAGACGGCUCAGCUUUGUGUGCAUAUCAAUACUUCGAAAAUCUGCGGAACUUCCUUGUUGCUGUAGAAGAUUUAGGCCUCCCUACAUUUGAGGUGUCCGAUUUGGAGAAGGGUGGUAAAAGUGUUCGAGUUGUUGACUGUAUUCUUGCUCUGAAGUCAUUCAGUGAAAGUAAGAAAACAGGGAAACAUGCUUCAUGUAAAUAUGCUGGCAUUUUGAAGCCUUUGACUUCCGGAAAGUACUUCAUACUCAAGAAUUCUGAUGCUUUUAUGAAUAAGAAUAUGAGGAACCACUCAGCCGAGGCAAUCCAGAAUGUUUUUACAGGGGAGCAAAAUAUAUCUAUAGAUUGUUCUCUAGAAUCCAGUGAGGUGACAAGUUCAGACUCCAUUAGCAUGCUUGUCCGCACAAUUCUCUCAGAUAAGAAACCAGAAGAAAUUCCGUUGAUCGUUGAGUCACUUCUAAGAAAAGUUAUUCAGGAAUAUGAGCAUCGCAUUGCGAACCAGAACCUGUUGAAAUGCAUAGGCAACCUUAAAGGAGCCGAGCCAUUUUCUGGACCAGACAUGCUGUUGGAACCAGACCAUACAUCCACCAGCGAUCAAGUGAAGGUGGGUGAAGCGAAGCAAAAUAUCUUGAAUACAAACGAAGGGGUCAGCUUUGUUGUUCCAAAUGGUGGCAAUGUGGCUCAACAGUUCCAACCUGUAGCAGAAAUAACUUUUGAUCUACAGCAGAAACACAUCCAGGAACUGAGAGGUACCAUUUCUUCUGUCAAGUUUGGCAUGGAACAACUGAGAUUACAGUACUCUGAGGAGUUUAAUAAACUUGGGAAGCAUUUGUAUGCUCUAUCCAAUGCGGCUUCUGGCUACCAUAAAGUUCUUGAGGAAAACCGCAAGUUAUACAACCAAAUACAGGAUCUUAAAGGAAAUAUUAGAGUAUACUGUCGAGUGAGGCCUUUUCUACCUGGACAAAUAAGCUCCUCAAGCAGUGUUGCAGAAAUGGAAGAAAGAACCAUCACAAUAAUGACUCCUACAAAAUAUGGAAAAGAUGGAAGCAAAUAUUUUACUUUCAACAAGAUCUUUGGCCCGGCAGCUACCCAAGAUGAGGUCUUUUCAGAUAUGCAACCAUUGAUCCGUUCAGUUCUUGAUGGUUUCAAUGUCUGCAUAUUUGCAUAUGGGCAAACUGGAUCAGGGAAAACCUAUACAAUGACUGGACCUAAAGUACUAACAGAGGAAAGUCUAGGUGUUAACUAUAGAGCACUGAAUGACUUAUUUAAUCUUCAAGCACAAAGGAAGGGGACAAUCAAUUAUGAUAUUUCUGUACAGAUGAUUGAGAUAUACAACGAGCAAGUGAGAGAUCUCCUUCAGGAUAGUGGAAAUAGAAGAUUAGAAAUUAGAAACACUUCACAGAAAGGGCUUGCGGUUCCAGAUGCGAGCAUAGUUCCUGUGACAUGUACGUCUGAUGUUGUUGAAUUGAUGAAUCAAGGGCAAAAGAAUCGUGCAGUGAGUUCAACAGCCAUAAAUGACCGAAGUAGCCGCUCCCAUAGUUGCUUGACUGUUCAUGUUCAAGGAAGAGAUUUGACAUCUGGGACAAUCUUAAGAGGCUGCAUGCACCUUGUGGAUCUAGCUGGCAGUGAAAGGGUUGAUAAGUCUGAGGUUGUCGGAGAUAGACUGAAGGAGGCUCAGUACAUAAACAAGUCACUAUCAGCAUUGGGAGAUGUGAUUGCGUCCCUUUCACAAAAGAACUCGCAUGUCCCUUACCGAAACAGCAAGCUUACCCAGCUUUUGCAAGAUUCACUAGGAGGACAAGCAAAAACGCUGAUGUUUGUUCACAUAAGCCCAGAACUAGAAACUGUUGGCGAGACAAUAAGCACCUUGAAAUUUGCUGAACGAGUUGCCACUGUUGAGCUUGGUGCAGCAAAAGCAAAUAAAGAAGGAAGCGAGAUUAGAGAGCUCAAAGAACAGAUUGCUUACCUCAAGGCUGCAUUGGCUAAGAAGGAAGGAGAACCAGAAAACAUUCUAAGCACACAAUCAAGCCCAAGCAUAUACAGAAUUAGAAAAGGCAAUGCAACACCUGCAUUCCCUAAAGACAGGCAGCCAAUAGAAGAAGUUGGAAACCUAGAGGUCCGGAACAUUUUCACUCCAACGCAAAAGAGGUCAAAAUUGCAUUUGUCUGGCAUCCUCACUGAGAACAAUUCAUCUAACUCGGUUGAGAAUUGCAAUGGUCUUCAGAAGGAAACGGGAUUAGGGGGAUGUGUCAAUAAGAUGGCUGUUGGUGACAACCAUUUUGAGAAUUCCAAUACCUUCCUAGGGCCGGAACCUGACACAACACAGCUUCCAACUUCUUUCUAUCAAAGAUACAGUCCUGUGCAGCAAAGUUGUGGGGCUGAAUCAGUACCAUCUGAGGACCUACACGACUUUGAUUCUUCUACUAGCUGUUCCGACCAAGAAAUGGUGAUGUCAGCCAUUGGCCUAAAAGCAGCUGGUAUUGCCAAUAGAGGUGCCUCAACUAUAAAGAAGCCUGAAGUUACAUCAAUGAGGACUACAAAUCCCACAUGCAAGUCACCACUGUCACAGAAAAAAUUGCAAACACCAAUCAGGAACAGGAACCAGCUAACUUUGAGUAGCAUGGGUGGAAGAAGAACUCCAAAUGGCAAAUUUAGCACUGCAAAGUAAAUAAUUGAUGUGAAGACUGAUUUACUGUGACCAUACUCAUCUGAGCCAAGUUGAGAUCAGCAGGAAGCCUAAAAGGAGUGUGUGUUUCAAACCCUCCAGAAAGAAUCAAUGAUGUAAAUUGAUUCACAUUCCGAUAGGUAAACCAUUUUAUUAGAUUAAAGUUGGAGACAAGACACCGAGGAGGACAGAAAAAUGAUAAACAUGAAGAAAGUUUCAAAAUUGAGACUUCAGUACAUCUUCCACACUUAGAUAUUACUGUUGUAUCAUGCAUCCAUUAGCAUGAUAGCAUCAUGUGAAUAGUUUCUUGUAAUAGAGGUGUGCUAAGAUUACAGUUUUCUCCGGUGACAUGUAUGUUGCCCUUUAUCGCAUUAAAAUUGUCAGUUUUGUCAGUUGCAGACUAAUUACAACU